AUGGUUACAAUUCAUUGGUCUACAAAAGAGCGCAUACAGACAAAAUUGGUUGAGUGUCAUCCCCCCACAAGAUUUUCAAGUAGUUUAAUUGGAUUAGCAAUGGAGUUUUAGAUUCAUGACAUUGUCAACCAGUUAUGUAUAACGGUGAUCAUUUGGAUAUUUCAGGUACACCUACGUUGUAUUUUAUUGGCCAAAAAUCAAGACAAAGUCAGCUCAUCGACGUGGAUUUUAUAUUUAAGUAGUGAGUCUUUCUAUUGUUCUAUUGUUUCAUUUCACUGUAUUGCGUCAGAAUGGUCAACCGAGCAGAGGCUGCACAACUUUUGAAGCACCUUGAUAAAGAUAAAAGUGGGAAAAUUAGCUCAGUCGAGCUAAUGGAAUUUUUGAAGAGCGUUAACUGUCCAUUCAAUAAAGAACAAGUUGAAAAGUUUAUUCGUCAGCACGACAAAGACGGAGAUGGACAAUUAAAUACUGAUGAACUCCUUGAUGUUUUAUGUUCAUAAUUUCUUAAAUUUUUAGUAGUGUUUCUUUCAUAAAUAAAUAGUAUUUUAAUUUCACAACAAA